GUCUAGGGUUUAUAUUGUUUUCCGCAAAUGCAGAGAGUUUAGAAUCGGUUGCCGCCGAUUUCCGAAUCUCCCUCCAUUACUCCGACUGCCGCCGUCUUACUCCCAAUCUCUGCUCUCAGCUUAUCUCCAGUCCCUCCAUCAACAACCCGCGACCGCCCUGGUUUUCAACAUGGCAAGUCGACCGGAGAAUCUCGCCCCGCCUGAAAUAUUCUACAAUGACGCCGAAGCUCGUAAAUAUACCUCCUCGUCGCGUAUCAUCAACAUCCAGUCGAAGCUGUCAGAGAGAGCGCUGGAGCUUCUAGCUUUGCCUGAUGAUGAUGUUCCCAGAUUGCUUCUCGAUAUUGGUUGUGGUUCAGGGCUUAGUGGGGAGACGUUAACUGAGAACGGCCAUCAAUGGAUUGGUCUGGACAUUUCGCCAUCUAUGCUUGACAUUGCAGUGGAGCGAGAGGUUGAAGGAGAUCUUAUGCUGCACGACAUGGGUCAGGGCUUGCCAUUUAGGCCUGGAACUAUUGAUGGUGCCAUAAGUAUCUCAGCUGUUCAGUGGUUAUGCAAUGCUGACAAGUCAUCUCAUGAGCCGAGGAAACGGCUGAAGGCUUUCUUUGGAUCAUUGUAUAGAUGCUUAGCAAGGGGAGCGAAAGCCGCAUUUCAAAUGUACCCUGAGAACAUGAACCAGCGUGAGCUGAUACUGAAGGCGGCUAUGCAAGCUGGAUUUGCCGGUGGAGUAGUUGUUGACUACCCACAUAGUACCAAAAGUAGAAAAGAAUUUUUGGUCCUAACUUGUGGGCCGCCAUCAGUUAACACAGCUGUUCCCAAAGCGAAAGGGGAAGAGGGAGAGAGCUGCUCGGAAGAUGAAAGUGGCGACGGUGACGAUGAAGAGCACCAAACAGUGAGUAUCUCGGACAGGCACAGACCGAAGAAGAGGCAGAAAACUGGUAAGAAGGGGAAAGGAAGGCAAUGGAUAUUGAAGAAAAAGGAACAAAUGAGAGGCAAAGGACAUAAUGUGCCACCUGAUACAAGAUACACCGGCAGGAAACGGAAGGCAAAGUUUUGAUCUUUCUUAUCCUUCUGCUGCUUCAUCUUGCUAUUUUGUGGCUGUGUUAUGUUGAAGACCCAAGAUGGUGAGUUUUGAAGAUGCGACGAUACCAUUUUUGUUUCUUAAUUAGAAACUUAGGAAGCAAUGUAUUCAUUCGACAAGACCUUUGCAACGUGAAGUUAUGCCUUGAUAUAUUUAUUUCCUUGGGAUUCUUUGGAAGCUCUAUUCAUCUUUGGCUUGCUUCAAUUGCAUCCUAUUCUCUGUUAUCUGCAGUCUUCUGUGUGAACAGAAACAGGACCCUAACUCCCAAGGCACUAAUAAUGACACAGAAGUAUUGAAGGAGGGCUGAUGAAUCAAAUUUGGGCCACUGCAGUUUGGGCCUUGAACUGUCGAUGCUGACCAAUUCAGCUAAAGUUCGGCUCUUCAACGACUCUGUUUAGAACCACUAAUCACUUUCUGUAAUUAAUACCUUAUGAUUAC